AGCAACAAAUAAAGCUUUAAACCUUGUGUGUGCAACAGCAACAACAACAACAUCUAAAAAAUGACGAUGGCUGCGUGUUAUGCUAAUUAUGACAUGUCCUCCAUGUCGUCUCUCUCGCUCUCGCAUAGCAUGUCAGCCGCUCUGCAGCAGCAGCAGCAACAACAGCUGCAGCAACAACAGCAGCAGCAGCAUCAUCAACAACAACAGCAGCAGCAGCAGCAGCAACAGCAGCACAUGUAUCAUGCUGCAGUUGCAGCUCAUCAGCAACAAUUGCUGCAGCAGCAACGCCAUCAGCAGCAGCAACCACCCGCCAGCAACAACAACAACACACGCCAUGCAGCUGCGACGCAGGUUGCCACUGCCCGCCAGCACAGCAACAGCUGCCAGCGGCAAUGCCGGCAGCAGCGCCAGCAGCAACAACAACAGCAGCGUGGCGGCGGCGGCAGCAGCAGCGCCGUCAGCAGCAACAAGGACUACAGCAUUCCACUGCACGUCGACUGCAGCGUCGAGUACGAGCUGCCAAACCAGCCAAAGCCGCCCGCCGGGCAGCGCGUCGAGCCGCUGCUGAUGAUCCAUCCCUGCUAUUUCCGCAAAAUGGAGUCGCAGCGGCGCAGCCCCUUCGUGAACAACAUGCAGGCGACUGCGACGGCGAGCGCACGCAGCGCGGCCAGCAGCGCCGUUAGCAGCGCAGCGGCAUUGGGCAGCGGCGCGGCAACAGUUGCAGCAGCGCCUAGCAGCAGCAGCGCAGCUCGUCGCAAAACCCAACUGCAACAACAGCAGCAACAACAACAGCAGCAACAACAACAACAACAGCAGCAGCAGCGGCAGGCAGCGUAUCAGCAGCAGCUGCGGCAGCAACAGCAACAAAUGUCACAAAUGUCGCAGCAGGCGCUGUAUCCAGUGCAGCAGCAGCAGCAGCAGCUGCGGCAACAACAACAACAACAUCGCAACCAAAGUCGUCAAAGCCAAAGCCAAAGCCACGCAGCAGCCAACUCAGUCGCAGCAGUCGCCGCGGCAGCAGCGACGUCGGCAUCGGGUCAGUGGGAACAGUUGGCCGCUGCGCUGACGCCACACCAACAGCAGCAGCAGCAGCAACAACAACAACAGCAUUCACACGCACACCCACACACUCACUCACACCCACACACCCACUCACAUGCACACACACACCAACAGCUGCACCCGGCGUCCCUCUAUUCUGCAAAAAGCAGCAGCGCAGCCACCGUCGCCUCUGCCUCUGCUAAUGCCGCUGGCAAACGCGAUGCAUUGAUUUCGGGCAGCAGCAGUUACGUCAGCAGCGCUGCCAAACAUCAGCAUCAGCAGCAGCAGCAGCACUGCCUGCCUCCUCCUGUCGCACCAUGGGAUGCGGCGGCGGCGGCGGCAACUGCGCUGCUCAUCGACCGUUCCCCGAUGGCAACUGUUCCUAGCAAUUAUCAGGCCGGUCCUGAGGCCACGCCCAUGCACCGGCUGCCGCCUACAGCGUCCACUGACAAGCUGAGCGGCAAAUAUCGCCAAUAUCUGCGCACGCAGCAUCGCAUGCAUCCCUACGCAGCAGCGGCAGCGGCCGCCUCCCUCGCAGCGGCAGCGGCCGGCGCCAAUUUGGGGCCAGCUUCGUUUGUGCAAUUUGGCACGGCAGCGACGUCGGCGACGGCAGCGCCAACAUUCCAGCAACUGCAGCAAAUCUCCUGCUACAACGUGUGAUCCAACAACAACAAUAACAGCAAAGGCAGCAGCAACAACAACAACAACAUCAACAACUGAGACAGACGCUUACAAAGUAAACGUCAACGACGAAGAAAGGAGAAAGAAAAAUAACUGCAAAUCGCUUUCUGUUUUAGUUAACAAAUUUUUUAAAUGUUCUGUUAUUCCUUUUUGAUUUUCUGUACCCUGUUUUACUGUAGGGCUUGCAAUGUGCCUGGUGUUAAACAUGUAAACGAAACAACGGUAUUGGCAAUAAAAGAGAGAUUGCAAAAAAGGCGUCGAAGCUAAUGCAUGUGCGCACAUGUAUGAAUGUGUGCUAUGUGCCGUUAUGAAAGCACGCUAGAUGCCCAAAAAAAAGCUCUGUUUUGUGCAGUGUGCGUGAGCUCUUCGAAGGAAGCGGCGGCUUUUGACUGCCCCGCUUGAGAGUUGAAAGCAACAUGUAAAAUUUCAAUUGUGAUAUGCUAAAAAAAACGAUUUUUGUAAAAACAAUUCAGUUUUAAAGUUCAUCAUCUGUUUUUAUUGUCAGAAAAGAAAGUGUUUUGUUUAAAUGCCCAGGCAAUUGGAAAGCCGGUAAAUAUUUAAUUAUUGAUUUAUACUUAAAUUAGCUGCGAAAGAUUGUUGCCAAAAAGCCCAAAAGAGAAAAAUAAUUGAAAUUUACUUGUUUUUUUUUUUUAUAAAAAGUAAAAGUAAUUUGUAGUAAUUGGAUAAACAAACAACC